UCGCUUCUCAGUUCGCUCCCUGCGACUCAGGGGAAGCGUAUUCUCCGCCCUCCCGUCCCCCGCGCCACCUGCUACCUUGCGAACCGUCGCUGGAUUCCGCCCGAUUCGACGGUGCUCAGACUCUAUUUUCUUCUCUCCCGCCCUCCGGCAGAGGCCAGAGCUCGCUGGAAGCAGAGAAAUAAGCACGGUUAUUUUGAGGACAGAGGCAGCUGUUUUGAGUAAAAAGGAUAAUGUGCUUCCGUUUUUUCAGAAAAUCUGGUUCCGAGAAACCAUCUAAGUAUGAGCAGCCUUCUGCUGCUAAUUUAACAGGUCAUGAUGGUGCUAAGCAUGCCCCAAAUUUUGCUUCUAACAGUGCACAACUUGUAACAAUGGAACCAAUUGUAGUUCCUGCCAUUCCAGUAGAUGAAAUAAAGGAAGCUACAAAAAAUUUCAGCAAUGAAACUUAUGUUGGAGAGAGUUCGUAUGCAAGAAUUUACUGUGGUACACUGAGAAAUGGACAUAAGUCUGCCAUAAAAAGGUUAGAUGCCACUAAGCAGCCGGAUGGAGUAUUUCUGGCACAGGUAUCCAUGAUGUCAAGAUUGCAACACAAAAAUUUAGUUGAGCUGUUCGGUUACUGUAUUGAUGGAAGUCUACGCAUUCUUGCAUACGAGUAUGGAAACAUUGGAUCCCUUCAUGAUAUCCUACAUGGACAAAAAGGUGUCGAAGGGGCAAAGCCAGGUCCAGUUUUGUCAUGGGUACAACGAGUUAAAAUUGCCACAGGGGCUGCAGAAGGACUUGAAUACCUGCAUGAGAAAACAAAACCUCCUCUUACCCAUCGUGACAUCAGGUCCAGCAACAUACUUAUAUUUGAUAAUGAUGUCGCAAAAAUAGGUGAUUUUGGCCUGUCAUAUCAUGCCUCUGGCAUGGCUUCACAUCUUCGGUCCACUCAACUUAUUGGAACUUUUGUUUAUAAUGCUCCAGAGUUUGCUUUGACGGGACAGCUUACUUCCAAGAGUGAUGUUUACAGCUUUGGAGUUGUUCUUUUAGAGCUUUUAACUGGCCGUAAACCUCUGGAUCGUAGUUUACCACGAGGACAGAAGAGUCUUGUGACAUGGGCAUCGAAUAGACUUACUAAGGAUGAGGUGGUAGAAAUUGUAGAUGAAAGGUUGGGAGGACAGUACCCUCACGAGUCUGUUGCAAAGUUCGCCAAAAUAGCUGCUUCGUGUUUGCAAUAUGAAGCUGAUGAUCGCCCAAAUAUGAGCAUCAUCGUCGAAGCACUCCAGACUCUUUUGAUCAUGCAAUAAUGUUCUUCCUAACAAGGCACCACGCUCGUGCGGCUCUCUUCCGCUCUACUGUUUCUGGUAUCGGAGUAAAGGUGUGAUGCUAGGUUUCAGAAACCAUGUCUUCUGCUGGUGAGACCACUGGAUGAUGCAACCCUUCCUCUGCCAUUCUUGUUCCUUGCUCACAAGAGAAUUCGGUGCCCGUGGAAUAUAAUUUACACCCGGAGAAGUUCUUAGAAAUCCUUUGUAUCCCUUUUUUGUUAUCUUUCCUUGUUUCCAAACAGAUGGUUAAUCUUAUUCGAAAUGGAGGUUUGUAAUAAAAUGCACCAUAAUGUUUUCGGUUUGCAGUA